AUGGUGCUUGUCCUACUCUUCCACUGCAUCAUUCUCUUCAACCCUGUCACUUGCAUAAGUCCACAGCCGUUAGUUUCUGCUCCAAAUACUAUCGCAGCCCUAGUUCCGACGCCUAUACCACAGUCGUCGACGGUGGCUUCAAAUCCUCAGAUCAGAACCAUAUGUGCAAAAACUUUCUACCCCCGUCUUUGUUUAAGGUUUAUCGUACCAUUCUUCAGUGGAAAAACAGACCCACAAUCCGUAGUUGUAAUGCUGAUAAGAUCCAUGACUGAGCGGACCAAAAGAGCGAUUAAAAUUGCAACAAAAAUGGCUGCUGACCCUGUAUACUCCGAUGAUCCGAUGUUAAUGUCGGGAUUUAACGGCUGCCGUGAACAGUACGAUGAUGCUUUGGUUGCUUUGAAAGAAGACAUGGAUGCGGUUCUGGUUGGUGAAAUAGAGACCGUCGAAACAUGGUUUCUCAGGCCCAUUACUAUUAUGAAAUAUGUGAUAAUGUUUUACGAGGAACCCGGAUAA